AUGCAGUCUGGAGGAUCGCGUUUUGCAGGUUUUGAUGCAACAGCAAUAGUAUCGUAUUUGACGAAAGCUGGUGUUUUGUCGUUCCCGGGUGGUCUGCCAAGUUCACUGAUAGCAUCCGGACAGCAGUGGGAUUUCCCGAAUGCAUGGGCACCAACAACAUGGGUCGUCAUCCAGGGACUGCGUGCCAGUGGUCAGCACGAACUCGCUCGUCAGAUUGCCGAAAAAUGGAUCAAGCGAAAUUACAGCAUGUGGCUUAACUCAGGUGGUCGAAUGUAUGAGAAGGUUUGUCUUCUUCUUGCAGUUCUUUUUAUGCUUUUUUUGCAUAGCAUCUAUAAAAUGCAGAAAACGCAUACUGACGAAGGGUUGUCUGUGUAUGUAUAUGUGUUAGUCUGUACAGAUUUUUCAUCUGGAGACCUACAAAAGCUAUAG